CAUUAAAAUUUCGAAUACCAUGAUGCUCAAAUUUUGCAUCUUUGUUAUUUUAUUUAGUGUUCUUGGAGAAUCCUUAGACCCUACAUUCAAUGACGAUGUUCUUGGAUUAAUAGUGUUUAAAGCAGGCAUUCAAGACCCAGAUUACAAGCUCUCAUCAUGGAAUGAAGAUGAUGUGAAUUCUUGUAAUUGGGUUGGUGUUAAAUGUGACCCUAAAACUCAGAGGGUUACUGAGUUGGUUCUUGAUGGUUUCUCUCUGUCUGGUCACAUUGGUCGUGGCCUUAUUCGCCUUCAGUUUCUUCAGAUUCUGUCUUUAUCAAACAAUAAUUUUAGUGGUUCUAUAAACCCUGAUCUUGCUCAGCUUGGUGCUUUGCAAGUUAUUGACUUGAGUUAUAAUCAUCUCUCAGGGGUUAUUCCUGAGGAGUUUUUUAAGCAAUGUGGAUCAAUGAGAUCAGUUUCAUUUGCUGAAAAUGAUCUCACUGGGAAGAUUCCUGAUUCUUUGUGCUGGUGCCCUUCUAUGGCUGCUGUUAAUUUCUCAGCUAAUCAGCUUUCUGGGGGAUUACCAUCUGGUUUAUGGUUUUUGAGGGGGCUUAAGUCUCUUGAUUUGUCUGAUAAUUUGCUUGAGGGAGAGAUUCCUGUAGGGGUUGGUAAUUUGUAUGAUUUGAGAGUGGUUAAUAUGCAAAAGAAUAGAUUUUCUGGUCAGCUUCCAGUGGACGUUGGAGGUUGUGUGGUUUUAGAAAUGCUUGAUUUUAGUGAGAAUUCUUUGGUUGGUAGCCUUCCUGAUUCGUUGCAGAAACUCGGUUCUUGCACAUCGCUCAGACUGCGAGGCAAUUCGUUUGCAGGAGAUGUUCCUGGUUGGAUUGGGGAGUUAACUAGUUUAGAAAGAUUAGAUCUUUCUGCUAAUGAGUUUACGGGUCGGAUUCCGAGUUCAAUAGGAAAUCUUAAUGCAUUGAAGGAAUUAAAUCUUUCUAUCAACCAUUUUGAAGGAGGAUUGCCUCAGUCUAUGGCACAUUGUGGUAGUCUUUUGGUUUUAGAUGUUAGCCAGAAUAGACUAAGUGGUAAUCUUCCUCCAUGGAUUUUCAAGAUGAGCUUAGAAACUAUCUCUCUUUCUGGUAACAAAUUUGUUUCGACUGCCUCAUUGGCGUCCUCUGUUCGAGGUCUUAAGUUAUUAGACCUAUCUUCGAAUGCCUUAUCUGGUGAAAUUCCGUCUGAAAUAAGCGGUCUGAGCAGCUUGCUGCACUUGAAUAUAUCAAGGAACAGAAUCUUUGGUUCUAUCCCAUCAAGCAUAGGGGAAUUCAAAAUGAUUCAAGUUGUUGAUUUUAGUAAUAAUAAGUUGAGUGGAAGAAUUCCUUCUGAAAUUGGAAGAGCAGCUUCUCUGGUAAAACUUGGAUUGGAAAAGAACAGCCUAAGUGGAAAAAUACCAACUCAAAUAACAAACUGCUCAUCUCUAAAAUCUCUAAUUCUAUCUUGGAACAAUCUCUCUGGUCCGGUUCCUGCAGCCAUUGCAAACCUAAGUAACCUGGAACAUGUGGACCUAUCCUUCAACAAUCUCUCAGGAAACUUGCCGAAAGAGCUCGCAAAUCUUUCCCACCUUUUGUCCUUCAAUAUAUCCCACAACCACCUACAAGGUGAGCUUCCACUAGGAGGUUUCUUCAACACCAUUUCCGCUUCAGCUGUCUCUGGUAAUCCAUCUCUAUGUGGUUCUGCUGUUAAUCGCUCCUGUCCUUCUGUCCAUCCGAAGCCCAUCGUUCUAAACCCUAAUUCGUCCAACUCCUCCCAUGGCUCCUCUUCAAAUGGCAAUCACCGGAAAAUUGCACUCAGCAUCUCUGCGCUCAUUGCAAUCGGUGCUGCUGCUUUCAUUGCUCUUGGCGUGCUAGCUAUAUCGCUUCUCAACAUCCGUGCACGGUCCUCUAUGUUGCGAAAUCUUGCUGAACCCACUUUAUCCGGCGGGGAAGAUUAUAGUUGUUCGCCAACGAAUGAUCCAAACUACGGCAAGCUCGUUAUGUUUUCCGGCGAUGCUGAUUUUGUUGCUGGUGCUCAUGCAUUACUCAACAAGGACUGUGAACUUGGUCGUGGUGGGUUUGGAGUUGUUUACAGAACAAUACUUCGGGAUGGGCGUUCAGUUGCCAUAAAAAAGCUAACUGUUUCAAGUUUGAUAAAGUCGCAAGACGAAUUCGAGAAGGAAAUAAAAAUACUAGGACAAAUCAGGCAUCAUAAUGUUGUUGCACUGGAGGGUUAUUACUGGACUCCAUCUUUGCAACUCCUUAUUUAUGAACACAUAUCGAGCGGAAAUUUGUACAAGCAUCUCCAUGACGGACCCAACACAAACUGCUUGUCGUGGCGUCAGAGAUUCAACAUAAUUCUUGGGAUGGCAAAAGGGCUGGCGUAUCUGCAUCAAAUGAACAUAAUUCACUACAAUCUUAAAUCAACGAAUAUCCUGCUAGACGACGCUGGUGACCCAAAGGUUGGAGAUUUCGGCCUAGCGAGACUGUUGCCUAUGGUAGACCGUUGCAUACUAAGCAGCAAAAUCCAGAGUGCAUUAGGGUACAUGGCUCCCGAAUUUGCAUGUCGUACAGUAAAAAUAACUGAGAAAUGUGACGUUUACGGAUUUGGCAUCUUAGUUUUGGAGGUGGUGACAGGCAAGAGACCAGUAGAAUACAUGGAAGAUGAUGUGGUGGUUCUUUGCGACAUGGUGAGGAGCGCGCUAGAAGAUGGCAGGGUCGAGGAAUGCGUCGAUGAACGGAUUCUAGGAAAUUUUGCAGCAGAUGAAGCAAUACCAGUAAUAAAACUUGGUCUAAUCUGUGCAUCUCAAGUGCCAUCAAAUAGGCCAGACAUGGAAGAAGUGGUUAACAUUUUAGAGCUGAUACAGUCUCCUGCAGAGGAGUUUGAAUAAUUUGAACCUUUAGAGUUUAAGAAACAUACAAAUCAAUACAUCUUAUGUUUUCACUGGUGAAGAAGAAUCCGGUUGGUUUUAUGAGUUUGAAAUACUUAGUUUUUGUUGUUGUAAUUCUGUUUGUAUUAUCUUGGUCUGAUUAUAUUACAGUUUCUUCUGUUACCGGAUUCUUGUUCACCGGUCGGAUAUAAGACAUUUCUGAUAACAAAUCAAUGAUACAUCUUUAUAUUA